CGUCUGCUCGUAUCCGCAGGCCCGUUGCUUCCCCGCUGGUGGGGUGGCCGAUCUAGAUCGCCUUCACAGAUCUCCGUUCACCGCCACCUCUCUCCCUCUUUCGUGGCUUCAUUCCGGGCUGCGCCGUCCUCUUCGUCGGGCCCUUCGCCGGCGACGAGCUCCCACCAGGAUCCAGAGCGUGCUACGGCCUCUCUCACCCAUCCGCCAUGAUUAAUUUCGUGCUCCUGAUCAGCCGCCAGGGCAAGGUGAGGCUCACCAAGUGGUAUUCGCCUUACACCCAGAAGGAGAGGACCAAGGUCAUUCGUGAGCUCAGUGGACUCAUUCUUACGCGAGGGCCCAAACUCUGCAACUUUGUCGAGUGGAGAGGUUACAAGGUCGUAUACAGGAGGUAUGCCAGCCUGUAUUUCUGCAUGUGCAUUGAUGCUGAUGACAAUGAGCUUGAAGUCCUCGAGAUCAUCCAUCAUUUUGUUGAGAUACUGGACCGCUAUUUUGGCAGCGUAUGUGAACUGGAUUUGAUAUUCAAUUUUCACAAGGCCUAUUACAUACUGGAUGAGAUUCUUAUUGCUGGCGAGCUUCAAGAAUCUAGCAAGAAGAAUGUUGCAAGACUUAUUGCUGCACAGGAUUCGUUAGUCGAGGCUGCGAAAGAGGAAGCCAGCUCCAUAAGUAACAUCAUUGCUCAAGCUACAAAAUAAAAUUCUACACCACUCUAAUGCCUGCCCCUUUACUCUAUCCUGUCGUUGUUGUACAAGUAAAUGUAAUGCACUGGACUGCUCCGUCCAUUUGCUCUCUUCAUUUUUUUUUCUAAGGAAUACAACUCUCAAGAUUCCAGAUCGUGUAGAAUGAGCGUGAUGUGUGGCUACAUUGUAUGUGUUCCUUUGCAAGUAAAAUUGGCAUGUUCCUGACUGCUCACGCAUAGUUGUAAAUUCAUAAUUUUACGAGCGAAUUACUUUUUUUAGAUA